CAGUUUUCAGGCCCGUUCGUUGGGAGAGCAAGUGGCGCCGGGCCGGUCAUGCCCGAGCCGGCGCUGCCCGCCACCGCCAGGAUGGGAGAGGCGGCGGCGGCGGCGGCGCGCUUGGUGUCGAAACCAUACGAGACGAGAGGGAGGGGCUCGGGAGAGAGGCCACGGGUUCAUUUCCUGCCGUCCGUUGGGUGACGCGAUGGGCGUGCGACGCGACCUGUUCGGUCGGGUUUACAUGCCGUACGUCCUUGGUGAAUGGCAAGUGAACUGCCCGAAGGCGUACCAUCCGCACUGUUGGAAGGACAAACAUGGCUCUCUUCCUAGUCACGGCGAGCAACUCAUUUGUGAUUGGCACAUAUGUUUCAACUGCAGACGGAGCUCACAUUUUCAGUGUCUGUGCUGUCCUAUAUCGGUUUGCCAUGACUGCCUUGGCAAAGUUGGAUUUGUUGAGUUGAGAAUGCAGCAAAAAGGAUUUUGCACCAGCUGUUUGAACAAGGCUAUCUUGAUUGAGAAGAAUACUGAUCCUGAUCCUCAUUGGGUACGGCGUGAUUUCAGCAAGGCAGAGAUUGACGAAAUUUUGUUUAAAGACUACUGGGAAGAUGUUAAGGACAGAGAACAUUUAAAUUUGGUUUACCUGGAAGAAGCUCAUGUUAUUCUUAAUAGAAAGCUUGACCGUAUUAUAACAGAUUCAGAGAAAUUUCCAGAUGAAGAUAACACGUCAGAUACAAAUAUGUUUGCUGAAAAUGCUUCCGUUGAGAAAACUAUUGCUUUUGACGCUAAGGGCAAACAGAAUAAAGCGAACACAUCACUAAAGAAGGGCAAGACGAACAAGAAAACAUAUAUUGGUUGGGGUUCUGAAGAGCUAAUUCAAUUCUUGUCAAGUUCUGGAAAGGACACAUCAAAACCUCUUGAUGAAGCUGAUAUUAUUGGAGUUAUCAUGGCCUAUAUCAAACAGAAGAAUUUGUUCAGGAAUAAUAAGAAGUCUUUCCUGUGUGAUGAUAAGUUGCUCCUUUUGUUUGGGAGAAGAAAAGUUAGUUGCAAAAGUAUCCGUAGGUUGCUAGCAGUUCAUCUAGCUGCAAAUGAUGUUUCAGAGGAUGAAACUUUGUAUGAUUCUGAAGACGAUGAUGUUCCGAUCACUAAAAAGAAAUCUCAUUUUGAUGGUUCUGAACAUGAUGAUGGUGGAAUUAUGAAAAAGAAACCUCGGAAUAGUCUGGAGUUGAAGAUUGUUGAGAGGGUUUCAGAAAGAAACAAGAGAUGUUUUGCCUCUCUUAAUGAGAAUAACAUAAAACUUAUUUAUCUGAGAAGAUCUUUAGUUAUUAAUCUUUUGGAUCAUCCAGACACAUUUGAUCAGAAAGUUGUUGGCUGUUUUGUUAGAGUGAAGAAUGCCCCCAGGGCUCACAUCUACGAAAUGCCUAAAAAGCCAUAUCAGCUUGGGCUAGUGACAGGAAUUAAGAAAUCUUCAGAAGAAUACAAGAUGAAAGACACAUGUACCAAUAUUCUCUUAUGUGUUACUGGUUUGUGGGAUGAUGUCAGGGUCUCAAUGCUCUCAGAUGAGGACUUUGCAGAGGAGGAAUGUGAUGAUCUUGUUUCUUUGGUAAAGAAAGGACUUCUAGAAAGGCCUACCAUUGCUGCACUGGAGAAGAAGGUGGCAACUGUACAUAAAGACAUAGUAAAUCAUUGGAUUGACAAAGAACUUGUGAGACUGGACAGAGCGAUUGAUAGAGCAAAUAUAAAAGGGUGGAGACAGGAAUUUGAGGAACUAAUGCACCAGCAGGAGCUGCUACGCACAGAAGCUGAAAGGAUGCGCCGCCUUGAAGAGGUUCCGGAAAUUACUGCAGAGACAGAACAAGACGGAAAUGAAACUGAACAUGAAGUUGCAGCAAACAACUCUUCUCAAGAGAAUAGAGGUAAUACAAAUACCUCCUUACGUCCCUUGUCCCUAGGAGCAAAACAGAAAGUAGCUAAUUCUUUGACUGAUUUUCAAGAGGAGCCAUCAAAAGGUGCAGCAGAGGAUCUACAAAAUACAAACACCUUCUUAUCACCCUUGUCUCUGGGAGUAAAAGAAGUAGCUAAUUUUGUACAUGAUCAUCAAGAGGAGCCACCUAAAGAGAACGUACUCAAAAGUUUCAAAUGUUUAAGAGUCCAUGAGGAGAAAUUGAUCGAAGGUAAUAUAAACACCUUAUUACUACCCUUUUCUCCUGGAGUAAUAGAAGGAGCUAGUUCUUCAAAUGGUCUUCAAGUGCAACCAAUGAAAGGUGCAACGGGGGAUGGAGUUGAAUCUGUAAGAGUCCAUAAGGAGAAACCAACCAAAGACGGAAGCUCUAGUGGAACCAUGGACACUGACAGAGAUGAAACUAAACACUCCAGGCGCAAGAAUAAAGGUGGGGCAAAUGUUGAAGAAGCUAUCAACCUGGACAGUGACGAAUAUGAGGAUCUUCACAUAGCUGAACAUAGGACAGAAGGCAACACGUCACAUGCUCUGAGGGCUACGAAUGGUGCACAUCUUCCUAUGGACCAAACCGAGUCAGCUUCACUUGUACCCUUACAUGCUUCCGGAGCCAUGAAUGCGGAUCUUCACUUGGAGCAGCAUGAAGCAGCAGUGUCUGAAGCCAUGAAUGUGGUGUCACCCCACACACCUCUGUGGAAUUAUUUAGAUCCUCAAGGAAACAUAAGAGGGCCAUUUGCACUGACUUAUCUGUUCCGUUGGAGGGGCUUCUUUGACAAGGACUUCAAAGUGUGGAGGACAGGGGAGACUAUGGAGCAGGCUAUAUUGCUUCAAGAUGUCUUCCUCAUGCAUCUGUAGUGUGCCCUCUAGGUUGAGCCUUCCGUCUUUUCACUUUGAUCUGAACCUGGAACACCUAAUAAUUAGGUCACUUGCCAGAGAACACUUGGGGCCUGUGCCGUGUUGUAUUUCAGUUAGGCACAUGUAUUUGGAGUCGAUGGAUGCUUCAAAACUAAAGUUUAGUCUGGUCUGCAUGUACUGCUUGUGAUGUUAUUUUCCCCCAGUACAUUAUAUAGACAAUCAACUUGGGUACACAUA